AUGGACUCUUUCGAAACAAGUACUCAAUUUCAACAAAUGUUGAGGGCUUUGUCGCCUCAACAGCAAAACCUCUUGCGAGCUGCCCAUUUUGCUUUAAAGCACUCUGAAAACGAGGACUACCUUUAUUUUGCGAUUAUGGAUUCACUUGAUGAUCAAAAGGUUGAAUUGAACAUGAAAUCCACCAUCUUCCAAUAUAUUGAUGUCUUGAUACACGAAUCAUUUCAUAUCUCUCAGCAGACAAAUUCCCAUUACAAUUAUCCCUAUGUGCAUAACUUGAAAACUUCAUUACCAAAGAUACUAUUAAAGGUGCUACCAGCAUCCAGCAAUCCAAAUCUCAACAAUAUUUUCAAUAGUCUAUGCAAUAUUUCCGAAUCCCUUAACGUGAACUGCUCAGAGUAUAAAUCCCGCUAUAAGAAUAUAGAAUCAUUACUCUCCAAAGAGGAACUUGAGAGCAUAGAUAUGGAUGUUCGUUAUCCAGAAAUCAACUUGGACGAGAUUCAAAUCGACGCGACUGAUCCUGUCAUCCAAGCUUGGGAAAUUCUUCUUCAUAGAAGAAAGCAGAGUCACUAUGAGCGAAUUAGGCUUUUGAAAAACAAACCUUAUCGAGACGAUGAAAUUACAGAAUCUGAGAUGUUUUCCAUUCGACCUUCGAGAGUAGGUGACCCUUCCAAAAAAGUAAACGAGUUGAUGUUAUCAAAGAAACAAAUCCUUUCUCGAAUGGAGGAUGACAGAGAAACGCACAAAAAAUCUAAGGAAACGCUUUGGGUUGUCAAUAGACCGAGUGGUAAAAGUGCAUUAACAGAAGUAGAGUUUGCCAAUUAUUACUGGAAUAGAAGCGGCAACUAUUCUGAGAAGAUGAAAAAUGACUUCUUCACUGCAUUUGAUGAGUUAAAUAAAAUUGCAGCAGCUAGUUACAAGGAUCAGCAAUUCUAA